AUGGAUGAAAUGAAAGAAAUUGAGGAAAAUACCGAAAAAGUGAAUCUGGAGUCAAUGGGAGAUGGAAAAGAAGAAGAAGAAGAGUCAGAAGAAAGAAUGGAGGAUAUAACAAUUCCAGAACUUCCAGAAGGAAAAAUUCUCGAACUUCGACUUCUUUCAAAUUGGGGCGAUCCUAACUUUAUUGGUCUCAAUUCUCUUGAAAUAUUCACAUCGACCGGUGAAAGAGCGGAUGUUGAGAAGAUAUCCACCAAUGCCACAGAAUAUAAUGGUAACUUGGAAUCUCUACUGACCGAGCAAAUUCGUUGUAAAGAUACGGAGAAAAUGUGGUGUGCAAGGAAGUCUGAUCAAGAUCAGGAUAUCAUUUUAAAAUUGGAGUUGAAGGAAAUGACAAAACUUGCUCUUGUCAGAUUUUGGAAUUAUAAUGCGUCUCGAGUACAUGCACAAAUCGGUGUCCGAUAUCUAGAAAUGAGUUUCGAAGGAAAAGGAAUAUUCAGAGGAGAACUUGAAUGCGCAUUUUCAGCUGAUUCAGAGUUUACACCUAUUAUGGGCGAGACAGUUCUUUUCACAACUUCCGAGAGCAUUCUGGAAAUGAUAUCACUUCAUGAUGUGUGCCUUAUCAAUCUUCCAGAAGAAACAGUUCCAAAUACAAGUCUCGAAUUAUUAAAAGCUGAUCAUUUGACACCGUACCGCCCAUCGACCUGUGAAGAAAAAGAUACUCCAAACACACCUGUUGUGAAUCCAACAGCACCAAAAUUUCCAGCUCCUCCACCUACGAGUUAUAGGCAAGAUGUUAAAGUUCUUCAAAUUGAACUUGUAUCGAAUUGGGGAAUGAAUGGAUUAAUUGGUUUAACUGGACUGGAAUUGGUGGAUGAUCACAAUCAGUUGAUAGAUGAAUCACAAUUCUCUGUAGUCACUUCUGAAGGAACCAAGGAGCAAGCAACUAAAUUGUUCAAUGGUCGAAACCUGACUCGUGAUCCAGAAGACAUGUGGCUUGUUGAUUUCGACUCAAAGACCCCAGUUGUCAUAACUAUUUCAUUUCAUGAGCCAAUUAGCCUCAAAGCAAUUUCACUUUGGAAUUACAAUUCAAGUUUUGAACUUUCAUAUGCCGGAGCAAAAGCAUCAAAAAUCUAUGUUAAUGGUAAAGUAAUCAGAAAUGUGUUAUUCCGAAAAGCAAUUGGAUUUGUGUAUUUUGAUUAUGUUCAAGAUAUUGUCCUGGAUCCAAAUUUUACGGAACAGGAUUUUUUGUCAAAGGGUCCAAGUCAGAGCAUUGGAGGAUUUGUAUUUCAAAUUCGUCUUCUUUCCACAUGGGGUGACGAGUUUUAUAUUGGUCUCAAUGGUAUCGAACUGUUCAAUAGAAAAGGAGAAUUAAUGAAGAUAAGAGAAAACAAUUUGGCAGCUUUUCCAGAGAGUGUGAACAUUCUUCCCAAUAUCAAAAACGAUUUGAGAACUUCGAACAAUUUGAUUGCUUCUCCAAAUGACACAGAUCUAGCCAAGCACAUGUGGUUGACUGCUCUUCUACCAAAUCGAUGUGCUCGUGUUUUCUUCGUGUUCGACGUUCAAACAUACAUCUCAAAAAUAGUAAUUUACAACUACCGUAAGACUCCGGAACGGGGAGUGAGACAUAUUUCGCUGACGGUUGAUGACUUGAUCAUCUUCUCAGGAGAAAUCCCGCCAAGUACAGAGACGAUGACUGGAAAAUUGGAAAUUAAUCUUCUUGAUCUUUGA